GCGUCCAGCGAGAGCCACACCUUCCUAGAGAGAGAGAGAGAGUUUUCUCAAAAACAAAAGCAUCUCUAGGGUUUUUAGGGUUAGGGUUUUCUAUUUUUUUUUCCCUUCCAAAAUCAUGUCUACUGAAAGGGUUACUGGAAAGGUUAAGUGGUUCAGUGACCAGAAGGGGUUUGGUUUCAUCACCCCUGACGAUGGCGGCGAGGACGUCUUCGUCCAUCAAUCCUCGAUUCGAUCCGAGGGUUUUCGCAGCCUCGGAGAGGGCGAGGAGGUCGAGUUCUUGAUUGAAUCUGAUGGGUCGCGCACCAAGGCGGCAGAUGUGACUGGCCCUAAUGGCAGUCCUGUUCAAGGUGGAGGUGGCGGAGGUGGCCGUGGAGGCGGCGGACGUGGUGGUGGAGGCCGUAGCGGAGGCGGCGGCGGUUAUGGAGGUGGUGGGUACGGUGGUGGAGGCUAUGGUGGUGGUGGCGGUGGGUAUGGAGGCGGACGAGGAAGGAGUAGUGGUGGUGGUGGGUAUGGCGGCGGCGGCGGCGGCGGAGGUGCUUGUUACAACUGUGGACAGAGUGGUCAUCUGGCUAGGGAUUGUCACCAGGGAAGCGGCGGCGGUGGAGGAGGAAGGUAUGGUGGAGGCGGCGGCGGCGGCGCUGGAGGUGGAGGUGGCGGUAUGAACUGCUACAACUGUGGAGGGUCUGGGCACUUUGCAAGGGAGUGUCCUAAUGGUGGCCGUUGAGUUGGGUCUAAGUGUAAAAAUUGAUCUUUUUACAUAAUAUUCUAGCUCUUUAGCCAUUAAUUUAGGUUCUGUUUUUGUUUGGUUUUUGGUUUGAUGACUCGUGAUAGUAUCGGUUUUUUUUUUUUCUUAAUUAAGUUUGGUUAUGGUUGGGUGGGUUUGUUACAGAUCUCUGAUGUUUUGAUGGUUCAUGGUGACUGUUUCUCUGUUUUAUGGGUUUUUAAUCUAAAAUCAAAAUCAGUGUUGUGAGGAAGAAGAAGGGCAGUAGAGAGAGAAUAUGAAAAGGGAAAGGUUGAAAUCGGUGUUAACUCUCACUGUUUAUACAAAAUAUAUAUCAAUACAAGCUGGUUUGGUUGGUUCAA